CGGCAGCCGCCGCGCAGGGACCAGCGUCCCUCCAGCCCCCUCAUCCCACCGUGCCCCACCAUUCCCGCAUCCCAGCAGUGCCUGCACCCCACUGGGCACAGCGACAGGGUACUGGGAAGGCUGAGCAGCAGCGCACGCCAUGAAGCAAGGGUGAGAGGCGCUCCGGAGAGGAAAAUCCUGGAAUAAGCAACUCUUUUGGAGGUUCACUCAGGGGUGUCACAGCAGGUGCUUUGAAACAAAAGGAAUAAAAGGAAAACUCACAAAAGAGCAAAAUGAGGAAACAUCGACAUUUGCCCCUCGUGGCAAUGUUUUGUCUCCUGCUCUCAGGCUUUGGCUCAGUUGGUGGUCAGCAGCAAGCAGCUGUCAAAACCGUUGCCGUGGCUGAUAUAAUAUUUCUAGUGGAUUCCUCCUGGAGCGUUGGGAAGGAACACUUCCAACUCGUUCGAGAGUUUCUGUAUGAUGUUGUAAAAACUUUAGAUGUGGGAGGAAAUGAUUUUCGCUUUGCCCUGGUCCAGUUCAGCGGAAACCCCCACACAGAGUUCCAGUUAAACACCUACCCCUCCAUCCAGGACGUCUUGUCCCAUAUUGCCAACAUGACUUACGUGGGGGGAGGCGCCGAGCCCGGAAAAGGAUUAGAGUACCUAAUCGAGAAGCACCUCACUAAAGCUGCUGGAAGCAGAGCCAGUGAAGGCGUGCCCCAGGUUAUUGUAGUGCUGACAGACGGACAGCCCCGGGGUGAUGUGGCUCUGCCCUCGUCUGUCCUUAACUCGGCCCGUGUAAAGCUGUUUGCCAUCAGCAAAGUUCAGGACGCGGUGGAAGGGGAGUUACGGGAAGUAGCGAGCGCACCCCUCGAUACGCACCGCUUCAACCUAGAGAAUUUUACCGCUCUCCACGGCAUAGUUGGAGACUUAGUGGCGAGUGUCCGCUCCUCCAUGACUCCAGAACAGGCUGGAGCCAAAGGACUGGUUAAAGACAUCACAGCUCAAGAGUCCGCUGACCUUAUUUUCCUUAUUGACGGAUCAAACAACAUCGGAGGUGUCAAUUUUCCAGCCAUACGCGAUUUCCUUGUAAAUUUGAUUGAAACCCUCAGAGUUGGAGCUCAGCAGAUACACAUUGGGGUGGUGCAGUAUAGUGAUCAACCCAGAACCGAGUUCGCUUUGAACAGCUACUCCACAAAAGCGGAUGUCCUGGAUGCCGUGAAGGCACUCGGCUUCCGCGGGGGCGAGGAAGCGAACACCGGUGCGGCACUGGAGUUUGUGGUGGAGAACCUCUUCACCCAGGCGGGAGGCAGCAGGAUAGAGGAAGCGGUGCCUCAGAUUUUAGUGCUGAUAAGUGGUGGAGAGUCUAGUGAUGAUAUCCGAGAGGGCUUGUUAGCGGUGAAGCAAGCUGGUAUAUUUUCGUUUAGCAUUGGGGUCCUGAAUGCUGACAGUGCAGAGCUGCAGCAGAUUGCUACUGAUGGAAGCUUCGCCUAUACUGCCCUGGAUAUCCGUAACCUUGAGGCUCUUCAAGAAUUAAUACUGCCCAACAUUGUUGGAGUGGCCCAAAGACUCAUUUUGUUAGCGGCCCCAACCAUUGUGACUGAAGUUAUUGAAGUGAACAAGAAGGAUAUAGUCUUCCUGAUAGAUGGCUCAACUGCUUUGGGGCCCGCCCCCUUUAACGCAAUUCGUGAUUUCGUUGCCAAAAUUGUCCAAAGGCUGGAGGUUGGACCCGACCUGAUCCAAGUGGCGGUGGCACAGUACGCAGACACUGUGAAGCCAGAGUUUUAUUUUAACACCCACCAGACUAGAAAAGAUGUGAUGGCCAAUGUGAGGAAGAUGAAGCUGAUGGGUGGCACGACACUCAACACUGGCUCGGCACUGGACUUUGUGAGGAACAACUUCUUCACCAGUGCUGCCGGGUGCAGGAUGGAGGAAGGGGUGCUGCCCAUGCUGGUGCUCAUCACUGGGGGUAAGUCCAGGGAUGCUGUGGACCAAGCUGCAGGGGAGAUGAAAAGGAACCGGAUCGUGACCCUUGCUGUUGGGUCCAGAAACGCUGACCUGGCAGAGCUCCAAGAAAUUGCUCACGAGAGAGAUUUCGUGUUCAACCCGAACGACUUCCGCCUUCAGUUCAUGCAAGCCAUCCUUCCCGAAGUGCUGUCACCUAUCCGGACACUCUCUGGAGGAGUGAUUGUCCCAGAGGCACCACCAGUUCAAGUAACCAAAAGGGAUAUCAUCUUUCUUUUGGAUGGAUCACUCAACGUCGGAAAUGCCAACUUCCCCUUUGUGCGGGACUUUGUUGCCACCCUAGUUAACUACCUUGAUGUCGGCAGUGACAAAAUUCGAGUUGGCUUAGUGCAAUUUAGCGACACCCCCAAAACCGAGUUCUCCCUGUACUCCUACCAAACCAAAUCUGACAUAAUCCAGCGCCUGGGGCAGCUGAGGCCCAAGGGGGGGUCGGUGCUGAACACUGGCUCUGCGCUGAACUUUGUGCUCUCAAAUCACUUCACGGAGGCCAGUGGGAGCAGAAUAAAUGAACAAGUGCCCCAGGUCCUAGUCCUGGUGACAGCAGGGAGCUCUGCUGACCCCUUCCUCCAAGUUUCCAAUGAAUUAGCUCGGGCCGGAGUGCUGACUUUUGCUGUUGGCGUUAGGAAUGCGGAUAAGGCAGAACUCGAACAGAUUGCCUUUAAUCCAAGAAUGGUGUAUUUUAUGGAUGAUUUCAGUGCUCUGGCAGAUUUACCCCAGGAGUUAAAUAAACCUAUAACAACAUAUGUUAGUGGAGGUGUGGAAGAGGUUCCACUCGCCCCAACAGAGGAGCAGAGCAAGAAAGAUGUUUUAUUCCUGAUUGAUGGCUCAAGCAACCUCUUGGGCAGCUUUCCUCCCGUCCGGGAUUUUGUACACAAAGUAAUUUCUGACCUGAACGUGGGCUCUGACGCCACGCGAGUCGCUGUAGCUCAGUUCAGUGACACCGUCCAAGUUGAAUUUGACUUUGAUGAAUACUCAUCCAAGCAAGAUAUGCUCGGCAAAGUGAAAAGGAUGAGGCUUAAAAGUGGGAAGCAACUGAACAUUGGAGCUGCACUUGACGAAGCUAUACGAAGGCUGUUUGUGAAGGAAGCUGGAAGCAGGAUCGAAGAAGGGGUUCCUCAGUUUUUGGUCCUCCUUGUUGCUGGGAGAUCAACUGAUGACGUGGAGGAUCCAUCAGAUGUUCUGAGGCAUGCUGGAGUUGUAACCCUUGGGAUCAAAGCCAAAAAUGCCGACCCCACAGAGUUGCAAAGGAUUGUUUAUGCCCCGCACUUCCUUCUGAACGUUGAAUCCCUCCCACAGAUUUCAGAGCUUCAGCCAAACAUAGUUAACCUGCUGAGAACAGUCCAGCUUCAGCCAACAGUAGUUGAGAGAGGCGAGAAGAAGGACGUGGUGUUCCUAAUCGAUGGCUCGGAUGGUGUCAGAAGAGGUUUCCCUCUGCUGAAGACGUUUGUCCAAAGAGUCGUGGAGAGCCUGGACGUUGGCCGCGACAAGGUGCGCGUGGCCGUGGCGCAGUACAGCAACACCAUCCAGCCCGAGUUCCUGCUUGACACCUACGAGGACAAAGCAGAUCUGGUCAGCGCCAUCCAGCAGCUGAAGCUCAUGGGAGGCUCUCCUCUGAACACUGGGGCAGCCCUCGACUAUCUCAUCAAGAACGUGUUCACGGUGUCAAGCGGCAGCAGGAUAGCGGAGGGCGUCCCGCAGUUCCUGAUCCUGCUGACUGCUGACAGGUCCCAGGACGAUGUCAGGAGGCCUUCAGUGGUCCUGAAGACGAGCGGCACGGUGCCGUUCGGCAUUGGGAUCGGAAAUGCCGACCUCACAGAGCUGCAGACCAUUUCCUUCCUCCCAGAUUUUGCUAUCUCUGUGCCCGACUUCAGCCAGCUGGAUUCGGUGCAGCAGGUCGUCUCCAACAGAGUCAUCCGGCUGACCAAGCAAGAGAUAGAAUCUCUUGCCCCUGACCUGGUUUUUACAUCACCCAGCCCAGAAAGCAAGAAAGAUGUUUUAUUCCUGAUUGAUGGCUCAAGCAACCUCUUGGGCAGCUUUCCUCCCGUCCGGGAUUUUGUACACAAAGUAAUUUCUGACCUGAACGUGGGCUCCGACGCCACGCGAGUCGCUGUAGCUCAGUUCAGUGACACCGUCCAAGUUGAAUUUGACUUUGAUGAAUACUCAUCCAAGCAAGAUAUGCUCGGCAAAGUGAAAAGGAUGAGGCUUAAAAGUGGGAAGCAACUGAACAUUGGAGCUGCACUUGACGAAGCUAUACGAAGGCUGUUUGUGAAGGAAGCUGGAAGCAGGAUCGAAGAAGGGGUUCCUCAGUUUUUGGUCCUCCUUGUUGCUGGGAGAUCAACUGAUGACGUGGAGGAUCCAUCAGAUGUUCUGAGGCAUGCUGGAGUUGUAACCCUUGGGAUCAAAGCCAAAAAUGCCGACCCCACAGAGUUGCAAAGGAUUGUUUAUGCCCCGCACUUCCUUCUGAACGUUGAAUCCCUCCCACAGAUUUCAGAGCUUCAGCCAAACAUAGUUAACCUGCUGAGAACAGUCCAGCUUCAGCCAACAGUAGUUGAGAGAGGCGAGAAGAAGGACGUGGUGUUCCUAAUCGAUGGCUCGGAUGGUGUCAGAAGAGGUUUCCCUCUGCUGAAGACGUUUGUCCAAAGAGUCGUGGAGAGCCUGGACGUUGGCCGCGACAAGGUGCGCGUGGCCGUGGCGCAGUACAGCAACACCAUCCAGCCCGAGUUCCUGCUUGACACCUACGAGGACAAAGCAGAUCUGGUCAGCGCCAUCCAGCAGCUGAAGCUCAUGGGAGGCUCUCCUCUGAACACUGGGGCAGCCCUCGACUAUCUCAUCAAGAACGUGUUCACGGUGUCAAGCGGCAGCAGGAUAGCGGAGGGCGUCCCGCAGUUCCUGAUCCUGCUGACUGCUGACAGGUCCCAGGACGAUGUCAGGAGGCCUUCAGUGGUCCUGAAGACGAGCGGCACGGUGCCGUUCGGCAUUGGGAUCGGAAAUGCCGACCUCACAGAGCUGCAGACCAUUUCCUUCCUCCCAGAUUUUGCUAUCUCUGUGCCCGACUUCAGCCAGCUGGAUUCGGUGCAGCAGGUCGUCUCCAACAGAGUCAUCCGGCUGACCAAGCAAGAGAUAGAAUCUCUUGCCCCUGACCUGGUUUUUACAUCACCCAGCCCAGCGGGUGUGAAGAGGGAUGUCGUGUUCCUGGUUGACGGCUCCCGCUUCGCCGCCCAGGAGUUCUACCUGGUCCGCGACCUCAUCGGGAGGAUCGUGAGCAACCUGGACGUGGGCAUCGACACCACCAGGAUCUCGGUGGUCCAGUUCAGCGAGCAUCCCCACGUGGAGUUCCUGCUCAACACCCACUCCACCAAGGACGAGGUGCAGAGUGCCGUGAGGCAGCUGCGGUCCAAAGGUGGCCAGCUGGUGAACGUGGGGGAGGCCUUGGAGUUUGUGGCCAAGACCAUCUUCACCCGGCCCUCCGGGAGCCGCAUCGAGGAGGGCGUCCCGCAGUUCCUGGUCAUCCUCUCCUCCCGCAAGUCCGACGAUGACUUCGAGUAUCCAUCCCUCCAAGUCAAGCAAGUGGGCGUGGCACCUAUGAUGAUAGCAAAGAACGUGGAUACUGAAGAGAUGAUCCAGAUUUCCCUCAGCCCUGAGUAUGUAUUCCAAGUCUCCAGCUUCCAGGAGCUGCCCAGCCUUGAGCAGAAGCUGCUGACUCCAAUUGAAACCCUGACUGUGGACCAAAUCAGGCGGCUGCUGGGAGAUGUGCAGCCCCCCAUAGAUGUUUCUGGAGAUGAAAAGGACAUAGUCUUCCUCAUCGACAGCUCUGACAGCGUCCGGCCGGAUGGGCUUGCUCAUAUUCGGGAUUUCAUCAGCAGAAUUGUCCAGCAGCUGGAAGUGGGGCCAAACAAAGUGCGGAUUGGUGUGGUGCAGUUCAGCAACGGUGUCUUCCCUGAGUUCUACCUGAAGACCCACAAGUCCAAAAACGCCGUCCUGGAAGCCAUCCGCCGCUUGAGGCUUAGAGGUGGGUCCCCCCUGAAUGCUGGCAAAGCCCUGGACUUCGUGGUGAAGAACUACUUCAUCAAGUCAGCGGGAAGCAGGAUAGAAGACGGAGUGCCCCAACACCUGGUGGUCAUCCUUGGAGAUCGGUCCCAGGAUGAUGUGGACAGGCCUGCCAGAGUGAUCACUUCCACAAGCAUCAAACCUCUGGGUGUCGGGGCCAGGAAUGUGGACAGGGACCAGCUGCAGGUCAUUACCAACGAUCCCGGGCGCGUGCUUGUGGUUCAGGACUUCACGGGACUCUCAACCUUAGAAAAGAGGGUGCAGAAUAUUCUUGACGAGAUCCCCAUACCUACAACUGACUCACCUGGACCAUUCCUACCUGGAGGCAAAAAGCAGGCUGACAUUGUGUUUUUGCUGGAUGGCUCCAUCAAUUUGGGGAGAGAUAACUUCCAAGAAGUUCUCCAGUUUGUCUACUCCGUGGUGGACGCCAUUUACAGGGAUGGCGACUCUAUCCAGGUAGGACUGGCCCAGUACAACUCGGAUGUCACUGAUGAGUUCUUCCUCAAGGACCACUCCACCAAAGCUCAGAUUCUAGAGGCCAUCAACAAAGUCAUCUACAAAGGCGGGCGAGUGGCCAACACGGGCGCGGCCAUCAAGCACAUCCAGGAGAGACACUUUGUGAAGGAGGCCGGCAGCCGGAUCGACCAGAGGGUGCCCCAGAUCGCCUUCAUCGUCACGGGUGGGAAGUCGAUGGACGACGGGCCCAGGGCCUCCUUGGAAAUCACGCAGAAAGGCAUCAAGGUGUUCGCAGUGGGCGUGAGGAACAUCGACCUGAAGGAGGUCAGCCUGCUGGCCAGCGAGAGCGCCAUGAGCUUCAGAGCAUCCACGGCCCAGGAGCUGUCAGAGCUGAAUGAGCAGGUCCUGGUCACGCUGGAAGCUGCCAUGGAGGAGAGAUUGUGCCCAGGAACAACAGAUGUGACAAGAGAUUGUGACUUAGACGUGAUAAUUGGCUUUGAUGUCAGUGAUGUUGGGCCCGGCCAAAACAUCUUCAGCUCCCAGCGAGGUCUGGAGUCGAGAGUGGAGUCCGUGCUGAACAGGAUAACGCAGAUGCAGAAGAUCAGCUGCACUGGCAACCAGGCACCCAAUGUCAGGGUGGCCAUCAUGGCCCAGGCCCAGGGGGGACUUGUGGAGGGCCUGGACUUCUCUGAGUACCGGCCUGAGCUCUUGGAGAGGUUCCUGGACAUGCGGACCCGCGGGGCUUAUUACCUCAGGGCAGAUACACUGAGGUCCUACCUGCGCAAAUUCCGGGCCUCACCCGCUGGCAGCACCAAGGUCAUAAUCCAUUUUACUGAUGGUGCAGAUGAGCCAAUAGAGCUGCUGGAGGCUGCUUCAUCUACUUUACACUCAGAAGGAGUCAACGCUCUCAUCUUCGUCGGGCUGGACCGAGUGGCCAACUUUGACAGACUGAUGCAGCUGGAGUUUGGCCGUGGGUUCACCUACAACAGACCACUCAGAGUUAAUCUGCUGGACUUGGAUUUCGAGCUGGCAGAGCAGCUUGACAACAUCGCAGAGAGGACGUGCUGCAAGGUCCCCUGCAAGUGCUCAGGGCAGAGAGGGGACAGAGGUGUGCCAGGCCCCAUAGGACCAAAGGGUGUUACAGGGGAUCUUGGCUACGGAGGCUACCCUGGUGAUGAAGGAGGACCGGGUGAGCGUGGGCCACCAGGUGUGAACGGGACACAAGGUUUCCAGGGAUGCCCCGGGCACCGAGGAACAAAGGGUUCUCGGGGAUUCCCAGGAGAGAAGGGUGAACUGGGAGAAAUGGGUCUGGAUGGCAUUGAUGGAGAAGAGGGAGACAAGGGUUUGCCUGGCUCCUCUGGAGAGAAGGGAUAUUCUGGCAGGAGGGGAGAUAAGGGAGUAAAGGGUGAACGAGGAGAGCGAGGCGACCGUGGGCUCCGUGGAGAUCCGGGAGAUUCAGGAGCUGAUAAUACUCAGCGGGGCUCCAGAGGACAAAAGGGUGAAAUUGGACCAAUGGGAGAUCCUGGACCGGCAGGGCUAGAGGGCCAAGACGGUGGAGUCGGGAGGAGGGGCAUGCCAGGACGAAGGGGGCCCAUAGGAGUUAAGGGCACCAAGGGCGCGCCUGGUCAAGCAGGGCCAGCUGGAGAACAAGGCAUGCGAGGGCCACAGGGUCCCCCUGGCCAGGUUGGCACACCAGGGAUCAGAGGAGAGCAGGGUGUCCCUGGACCCAGGGCUGGGAGUGGACCUCCAGGACCCCCAGGAGAACGUGGCAGGAUUGGUCCCCUGGGAAGGAAGGGUGAGCCUGGAAACCCUGGAGCCAAAGGACCGGAUGGACAGCCAGGCCCACGAGGAGAGACGGGUGAUGAUGGACGAGACGGAAUUGGUGUCCCAGGUCCUAAAGGCAGGAAGGGAGAACGUGGCUUCGUAGGUUACGCAGGGCCAAAGGGUGGACCUGGUGACCGUGGUGUUGCUGGAGGCCCCGGCCCCAAAGGAAACAGAGGCCGCAGAGGAAAUGCAGGAGUACCUGGGAUACCUGGUCAGAAAGGAGAGAUUGGAUACCCUGGGCCAUCUGGCCUUAAAGGCGAGAAAGGAGAAUCCAGAGAUCAAUGUGCACUGGUGCGGAAUAUCAAAGACAAAUGCCCUUGUUGCUAUGGUCCCAAGGAGUGCCCUGUCUUCCCAACCGAGCUGGCCUUUGCUAUUGACACCUCCUCAGGCGUCGUGAGGGACGUUUUCAACAGGAUGAAACAAACCGUGCUCAGGGUUGUCAACAACUUAACCAUCGCCGAGAGCAACUGUCCCCGGGGGGCACGGGUGGCCCUGGUCACCUACAACAACGAGGUCACCACCGAGAUCCGCUUUGCCGAUGCCAGGAAGAAAUCCAGCCUCCUUCAGCAGAUCCAAAACUUCCAGGCAACCCUGACCACGAAGCCACGCAGUCUGGAGACCGCCAUGUCCUUCGUGGCCAGGAAUACCUUCAAGCGUGCCCGCAGUGGCUUCCUGAUGAGGAAGGUGGCUGUCUUCUUCAGCAAUGGGGACACAAGAGCGUCCCCCCAGCUCAAUGAUGCUGUGCUGAAGCUCUACGAUGCCGGGAUCGUGCCGGUGUUCCUCACCAGCAGGCAGGAUGCGGUUCUUGCCAGAGCUCUGGAGAUCAACAACACAGCAGUCGGUCACGCCAUCGUUCUUCCAACCAGCGGCGGCCAGCUGAACCAAACCAUUCAGAGGCUUUUGACUUGUCAUAUUUGUUUGGAUGUGUGUGACCCCCAUCCCACCUGUGGUGCAAGUGGCCAGAGACCAGCGUUCAGAGACAGAAGGGCAGCCCCCACUGACGUGGAUACAGACAUUGCCUUCAUCCUGGACAGCUCCGAGUCCACCACCCCUCUGCAGUUCAGCGAGAUGAAGAAGUACAUUUCCCACAUUGUAAAUAACCUGGAAAUCAGCUCAGAGCCGAAGGUAUCCCAGCACCACGCCAGAGUGGCCGUUCUCCAGCAAGCUCCUUAUGAACACGAAACCAACUCCAGCUUCCCACCAGUAAAAACCGAGUUCUCACUAACUGAUUAUGCAUCCAAGGAGAAGAUCAUUAAUUACCUCCACAACCAAAUGACCCAGCUCCAUGGCACGAGGGCCCUAGGAAGUGCAAUUGAACACACAAUCGCUCAUGUUUUUGAAAGCGCGCCGAACCUUCGGGAUCAAAAAGUCAUAGUCCUGAUGAUGACUGGAAAAGUGAACAAAAAGGAACUUGAGCACCUGCAGAGAGUUGUCAUCAAUGCAAAAUGCAAAGGGUACUUCUUUGUUGUCUUGGGCAUCGGCAGGAAGGUGAAUGCCAAGAAUAUUUACAGCCUCGCCAGCGAGCCAAACGACGUGUUCUUCAAGCUGGUUGAUAAACCAGGAGAGCUCCAUGAAGAGCCCUUGCUGCGUUUUGGGACACUGCUGCCAUCCUUUAUCAGAAGUGAAUUUGCUUUCUACCUGUCUCCAGAGAUAAGGACACAGUGUGAGUGGCUCCAGAAUGGUCAGCAAAUCCAGGGCCAGCACCCUGUUCUCACUGGGCAGAAAGCAGUGUUUGUGGCUCCCAACGCCACCAUCAGCCAGACCUUCACCACCAGCACCACGGUCAGCGCAACCAUCAAGCCCACGGCGAGUGCCCAGGCCAGAAGCACUCCUGCCAGCACCACGGCUCAGGGCAAGGCCACCGAGGCCACCCCAGCCAGCUCCGUGGUCCAAGGGAAUGCCACAGCCCAGGGAGCAGCCGGUGCCACCACCCACACCAAAGCCAGCAGCCGGGCCAACGCCAACGCCACGGCCACCACAGCCAGCGGCAGGAGGAGACACAGUGCAAAGACCCACGACAUCCAGAUCACAGAUGUCACUGAGAGCAGUGCCAGGCUGCGCUGGGCCAGCCCUGAGCCACACAACACCUUUGAUGUCACUGUCACCUUGGCCCACGACCACUCCCUCGUGCAGAGGCAAAACCUGACUGGCACCGAGCACGUGAUCCGAGGGCUCAGGAGUGGCCAAAAAUACGUCGUCGUCAUCACUGGCUACCAAAAAUCCCAGCCCAAAGUAACCUACACAGGGUCAUUCAGCACGAAGACCCCAGUGCAGCCCCAGGUGUCCCUGGCCAACAUGAUGCUCAACACUGAGCCACUGGAAGGGCCUGAGAGUGAUUGGGCAGACCCUUGCUUGCUGGACUUUGACAUGGGCAUGCAGUGCAAGGACUAUCAGAUUGUGUGGUUCUUUGACUCCAAACACAAGUUCUGCAGCCAGGGUUGGUAUGGUGGCUGUGGAGGUAAUGCCAAUAGAUUUGAGACCGAAGCUGAGUGCUAUAACAAAUGCUUAAAGCCAUUAGCAGACGAGAAAGCCAUGCAGCAGCCACCCCUUGAGAAAAGAUUAUCAUCAGUCAUGGAUAUCUGCAGGCUGCAGAAGGACGAGGGCACCUGCAGGAACUUUGUGCUGAAGUGGUACUAUGACCCCGAGACCAAGAGCUGCGCCCGCUUCUGGUACGGCGGCUGCGGUGGCAACGAGAACAGGUUCAACACGCAGAAAGAAUGUGAAAAACUCUGCAUCCCUGGUACCAUCAACCCCGGCGUGGUGACGACGAUAGGGACAUAGGGCCAGGGGCUGGCAAACACUUACCUCUGAGACAGCAUCACCUUUGCCACCUUGCCCCUAUAGAAGCUAAGGGUAUAGACAACCUUGCACUGUAAUAUUUCAUGCUUUUAACUCCCAAGCAAACCCUGAGGAGAGGGUUUUGCUGCAUGACCUAUCAAUAUGGUGCUAAAUUGUUUGUGGACUGAGUGCUACACGUGCCCGGGUUAUAUUGUAUAGCUUCAACAUUGCCAAAUAUUUACCCAAGUGCAGAUUGUUAUUGUCUCUCAACAUGUCUUGAAAUUAGCCUUUUCCCCCUCCAAUUCUGGCCAUCUGUCUAUCUAAGGCACCAUAAAAACGAGUCAAAAAAACCCCAACAUAAUAAUUUCGCUGCAACUUGUUACCUGCUUGCUUUUAUCCUUCUCAUAACUGAGCAUAACUUUACAGGGGAAGCCUUUGUGUAAGAGAGUGGCUGAUUCCGAUAAACAAGUGGUUCCAUUUUCACUCUUCCUCUUUUAUUUUCUUUUUUUUCCCCUCCUUUUCCUGGAUUUGAUCUCAGACUAGAUCUCUUGUAUGCAUUUGUACCACAUGUGGCCAAGCGAACUAGCAAGGAAAAGGAAGCAAAGUUUCCGAAUGCAAAUGCACUGCUGGGACCAAGGCCUCAGUUAACAAAUCUUUAAAUUGUGGUGUAGGAUGCCUCUGGCGUUCUUCUGAUGUUGUAUGUUUUAUGAAAUACAAAGCAAAGCAGUCUGGGGAGGGGGGAGCAGUGGGAGGGAGGGGGGUUUUGUUUUUAUUGUGGAUUCUAUGUCAGGAAGUCUAUACAAAGAACUUUUAAAUAAAGUCUAAUGGAGAUUUUGAAAAA